AAUAUUGACACUUUCCACAUAACCUAAUUUCUAAGAUAACCCUAUUUUCAGACAGAAGUAUAUACAAUUUUCUUCGAAAACUAAAAAUGACACGUGUAAUACUUGGUGGAGGUUUGUCUGGUUUAUCGGCAGCCUUCUAUCUCCUUAAACGACUUCCAAAACAACCAAUUUUUUUAAUUGAAGGCUCCAACCGUCUUGGAGGUUGGAUUAAAUCUGAUCCUGUUCAGGACAACAUUAUACUUGAACAAGCGGCUAGAACGUUACGGCCUCGAGGGGAAUUAGGAGAAAACACAUUGGCUUUAAUUGAAGAACUUGGUUUAAGCAAUGCAGUUAUUCCUAUACCUAUGAAUAGUCCACCAGCUAAAAAUCGCAUGAUUUAUGUUAAAGGGAACUUGAUUUCAUUACCUUCAAGUAUUAGUGAUUUGUUUGUAGUUAAACCACCACUUACUAAGCCUUUAAUUAACCAUUUAUUGAAUGAUAUUAAAAUACCUGCGAAAUUUGUUAAAGAUGAGUCCAUAUAUGAUUUUGUGCAAAGGAGGUUUGGAACAGAAAUUGCAGAUUACUUCAUCAGUCCUAUGAUUUGUGGAAUUUGUGCGGGAAAUGCCAAGGAAAUCAGUGUUAACUUUUUGUUCAAAACACUUUUUGAUUAUGAACAAAAUCAUGGUGGUGUUAUAAAAGGCUUUAUUAAAUCCAUAUUUGCAAAGAAAGAGAAGACUACGAUCACCAGUGAUUUGGCAACAAAAGCUAAACAGGAGAUGUGGUCAAUUUAUUCUUUAAGUGGAGGCUUAGAAACUCUUACAAAAUCUUUGUCUGACCAUAUAAGUGCCAAAAAUGUGAAUACUAUGUUAAAUUCAACUUGCCAAGAACUGAAACUAUACAGUAAAGGUGUUGAUGUAAUAUUGAAUGAUGGCAAUCAUAUUAACACACCCCAUGUAAUUAGUGCACUUCCAUCAUACAACUUGGCCAAAUUAGUUAAAAAUCAACAUCCAGAAUUAGCUUCAUUAUUAAAUGAAAUCAAAUUUGUGACUGUCUGUGUGGUGAACUUGGUGUAUAACAAAAAAUGGAUUAAAAAAGAUGGUUUUGGGUUCUUAGUACCACCUAUAGAAAAUCUGCCCAUUUUGGGAGUGAUAUAUGAUAGUUGCUGUUUCCCCUAUGGUAAUGACAAAACUGUGUUAACAGUAAUGAUGGGAGGGCACUGGUUCAACAAAUAUUUUGGAAAAAGUGCAACAGAAGAAGAGUUGCUUGCUGUGGCUACAGAACAAUUAAAAAACAUUAUGGGUAUUGAUGAAGAACCAACAUUAAGUAAAGUAAAUAUUCUUAAAAAUUGUAUUCCCCAAUAUGUAGUUGGUCACAAUGAGACAGUUGCAAAAAUUAAUGAUUAUAUUAGUUCAAAAUUUUUACCAAUAUCACUUUGUGGUUCCUCAUAUGAAGGUGUUGGAGUCAAUGAUGUAAUUUUAUCAGCUAAAAAAGCUGUUGAUCAUGUUAAAUAAUUUGUUAUUAAGUUUGUAAUUACAUAUCUGUGAUAUAUGUAUUUGUUAUGUUAAUGUCAAUCUUUAUAACAAGGAAAUAAAAGCAAUUUCUUAUAUUUAAAA